UAAAGGGUACCAAAGCUCUUUCACUCCGACAGCAGUAGGUUUCAGACCUGAUUCAGACAUUUCUGAGAGACUUUAGUAAUGCAGUUAACAGUCCCAGAGAAGAUCUUGUCUCUCUUUUGCUGUCACACAAGACAGUGGACCACUUAUUCCAUUCUGUAAUGGAAUGGCACCGUUGGGCAGAGAAAUCUCAUCCUGGCUGAAUGCACAAAGACUUUUUCCCAGCUUAGAUAAAUUAGGAUGUUGUGAAUAAUGCCAUAGUGUUGUGUAAGCACAGCACUCUUUCUUUCCUGGGUUCUGGAUGUGUCUGGAUGAGAUGUGUGGGCCCUGUGUCCUUUGCUCUCUUGUCACUGUGUCUGUCUGUGCAUCACUAGUGCUGCCUGAUGAAUUAGGGAUUUGCUCCCAUUCAGCCAUUGCUAUGCAGGCCAUUCCAACCCAGCAGGCAAGGAGGGUAUUUUGACCCUUUCAGUACAUCAGUCUCAUCUUCUCUAUUGCAGAGUAGAGCAGCAAAAUGCACAAUAAGUUCUUCCUUUGGCCUGUAGGAGGGGUUGGGUGUUCUGUCUCCUUGCAACACAGCAGCACAAAGAGUGUGGUCACAGACUGUAACUGUACAGAGGUGUGAAAACAUAUUUGUUGUGUUUGAGGUGCAUUCCAUGAAAACUCCACGUGUCCUUCAAAGAACAUUUUCUGAAGGCAGAAUCAAAAUGUACUGGUGGAAAAGACAUUGAAUUUGGUCUCCUCAUUCUUUUUCCUGGAGCCAGAGGCUUCUCAAUGGAAUGGAAAGCUAUCCCCACGACUUUCCAGUUUUAUGUAAGCACAUUUGCAUUCUCUGUUGACCUUUUCCCUUCUACUCCCUGAAGUGUGUUUGAGCAUUUACUUGCCUAUUCCUUUUAAGAAGGACUGUCAUGCCAUCUCUAAUAACUCAUUUUCUGAAUGAUGUCUGUGAGGAAUGGAAUAUUCAGAAAGCCUCACGCUGUGUUGUGCUGAAGUUAUAAACUGUAACACUGUAAAGUGGGAUACCCCUGAGUGUAGAAACUGAAAUAAUGUGUAAGAGUGAAAUAAAGAGAGUACCUUAAUUCCUGGUGUGGAGAGAGAAAAGUCUUUGUAGAGAAAUGCUUUCAAGGAAAGCUAUGCCAAGUUUUUUCAAAAGUCUGGGAGUUUUUUUCCCAGUGUGUCCUUUCAGUGAGGUAAUGUUUGGUGGGUACAUGUGUUGAGUUUGGAGAUACAGGCAAUAGAGCGUUCAGUGCCGUGCCCAUGCCCUGCCACCACAGCCCUGGGCCGUGGCCGGGGGCCCCAGUGAGGAACAGGUUUUCCCUUGUGUCCCUGUCCCCACAGAGGACGUGACACCGGACGAUGCUGGGACUGUCUCUGCAGAACAGUUCAACCAUCUUUCCUUUAACUAGUACGGGGUCAGCACAGGCAAAGGUUUCAUGCCUCAUGAUAGGAGGGGUUGCAGGGUGCAACUGUGGGAAUGGUUCCUUUAGAGGAAAUCUGUAUUUUCGUUUGGCAUAACCACAUUCUGGAAAUUGUAAGUCAGAAUAUGAUUGCAUUCCCCUGAAAACCAACAAGCAAACAGAAUAAAGGGAACAUAAACUCUUUCACUCAGUUAUUCAUGUGUUUCAAGUCUGUUAAGGCCAUUUCUGACAGGCUUUAAGAAUGCUGUUAGCUCUCCCAGCUAAGCUCUUGUAUCUCUUGCUGUCAGACAAGACAGUGGAGGUUUCAUUCUGUUCUCUAACAGUAUGGUACAAAAAAUGGGACAGACAAACCUCAUCCUUGUUGAAAUGCACAAAAGCCUUUUCCCAGCACAGAAAAGUAAGGAAAUGAUCAGCACUGUGUCACAAUUGCAUGUGAGCACCAAGCUCUUUCUUUCCUGCACUCCGGAUGUCUCUGUCUGACAUCUGUGGGCUCUGUGCACUUCUCUUUUUUGACACUAUGUCAGUCAACACAGCCACUGUGUUUUUCCUAAUGUUCACUGGUGUUGCCCAGUGAAUCAGAGAAUUCCUGUCACUCAGCCUUUGCAAAGCAGGUAAUUCCAGCUCAGCAGGCAAGGAGGGUAUUUUGAUUCUUUGAGUACAGAGGAUUGAUGUUCUUUAUGUCAGAGGAGGGCAGCAAAAUGCACAAUAAGAUCUAUACUUUGGCCGAUAAGAGGGGAUUGGGUGUUCUGUCUCCUUGCAAUAGAGCAGCACAAACAGUGUUGGGGUAGACUGUAACUGUACUGAGUUGUGAAAACCUGUUCAUUGUCUUUGGGUGCAUUGCAUGAAAAUUCCAAAUGUCCUUCAAAGAGCAUUUUCUGAAGGUACACUCAAGAUGAGCUUGUGAAAAAACUUUGAGUUUGAUCUCCUCAUUCCUGUUCCUGGAUUCAGCAGAACUGAACUGGGAAGCCGUCCCAGCAUGACUUUCUGAGUUUGUGUUAGAGCAUUUGCGUUCUUUUUUUGGCCCUUUUCCCUUGUACUCCCUGAACUGGGCUUGAGCAUUUUUUGCCUGUUGCUUUUAAAAAGGACUGUCACCCCAUCUGUAGUAACUGAUACCUUUACUAAUGUAUGUGAUGCACGGAAUAUCCAAAAAGCCUCACACUGUCUGUGUUGUGAUGAAGUUUUAAAGAGUAACAUUCUAAAUUGGAAUAUCCCUGAGUGUUAUAACUGAAAUAAUGUAUAAGAGGGAAAUAAAGAGCGUUCCUUAAUUCCUUGUGUGGAAGAAUCUUUUGUAGAAUUAAUAAUUCCGAAAAGCUCUGCCAAGGUUUUUCAAAAGUCUGGGAGGUUAUUUCUCGUUUUGUCUGUUUAUUGAGGUAAUGUUGGGUGGGUCCCCAUGUGUCUAGAGCGUGGCGAUGCCGAUGGUAGAGUGUUGAAUGCCCAGCCCGUGCAGUUACCGCUGCGCUGCCACUGCAGAGGCUCCAGGCGGGUUUGUCUGUUGGGGAAGUCGGGUCAGUCUUUCCGAGCUCAGCCUCUGCCUCACGCUGCAUUGGGAAACGCCCUGUGCGACUUUUAUUGCCGCGUUUCUCAAAAGGCACUGACUCUCGGGUCAGCAGCAGGGAGCUCAGGAUUUCCCGCGGGCUGGGGGCAGCGGGGAGCGCGGACAGACUCGGGACAGGUGACGGAGCUGUUCGUGCGAUCUGAGUAAAGCGGCGGGUCCUCAUGGCUCAUCCCGACCCUUGCGGGCACUUCCAUCCCCGCUACCAUGUGCGCGCGUCCUGCCCCGGGCUCAGCCGAGGGCGAGCGGCGGCACCGCGCGUGUGCGCGCGUGUCCGUGGGCCGGGCCGAGCGGCAGCGCGGGCAGCGGGCGGCGGCGGGCGCAGUCCCAGCGCGCACCGCUGGGUGGUGGUCUCGGCUAAGGCGCCGCCGAGCCCGACCCAGCCCAGCUCAGCACAGCCAAGCCCAGCCCAGCUCCCAACAGCCCAGCCGGGCGGAGCGGGCAGCGGCUGCGGCAGCGAGCGCUGGCUCUGCCAGCCGAGCCUGGGACACCGCGGCUGCACUCCGGGCUGCCGACCCGACCGGAAUACAGAGGGAGAGGGAAGGUACCCGACCCGACCGCCGCCUCUUUUCGUUGGGGACUACGCGAGAGAUCCGCGAGAAGGAGAUCGGACACCGCCGCCGCCGCCGCCGCCGGAGGAGGGCCAUGGCGAUGGCAAGGCAAGUGCUUUGUGUGUGUGCUUUGCUCUCCCUGGCGCUCGCUCGCUCGCAGCCCAUCCGCUACUCCGUGGCCGAGGAGGCGGACAGCGGCUCCCUCGUAGGCAACCUGGCGCAGGACGCGGCGCUGCCGCCGGCGCAGCUCUCGGCUCGCCGCGCCCGCCUGCUGGCCGAGGACGGCCGGCAGCACUUUCGCCUCGACCGCGCCAGCGGCCGCCUCGUCGUGGCCGACAGGCUCGACCGGGAGCAGCUGUGCGCCCAGGCCGACACCUGCACGCUCGCCUUCGAGCUGCUGCUGGCCGACCCGCUGCAGUUCUUUCGGGUCGAGGUGACCCUGCAAGACAUCAAUGACCAUUCGCCCGUUUUCCCUGCGGAACGUGUCACUUUUAAGAUCCCAGAAACGAGCGAGCCUGGCUCUUGUUUCCCUCUGGAGGGGGCUCGGGACCUUGAUAUUGGCAGCAAUAGCGUCCAGACAUACAGCAUCUCUCCCAAGAACCAAUACUUUAGCGUCUCCUAUGGGAGUCGGAGUGGCGAUGACAAAUAUGUUGAACUGGUUUUGGAAAAGCCACUAGACAGAGAGGAACAGGCAGAUAUAAAAUUCAGUCUCAUUGCCGUGGAUGGUGGUUCUCCUCCCAGAAGUGGGACCACACAAAUUCACAUUAUAAUUCUCGAUGCAAACGACAACUCCCCAGUGUUCACAAAGGAGGUGUACCUUGCGCGGAUUUUAGAAAACACACCAGAGGGCUCUGUGGUCCUGACUGUGCUGGCAACUGAUCAGGAUGAAGGAAUUAAUGGAGACAUCUCCUAUCAGUUCAGCGAAGCAGUCAGCCAGAGUGACUCAUCAUUUGAGAUUGAUCCUAUAACAGGUGAAAUUAAACUCACAAAGCCUCUGGACUUUGAGGCAGCAGAGACUCACGAACUCCGUGUUAGGGGCACAGAUGGUGGGGGCCUUUCAGCAAUCUGCAAGGUGUUGGUGGAGGUGUUGGAUGUGAAUGACAAUGCCCCGGAGCUGGUGGUCAGUUCCUUCAGCAGUCCCCUCGCCGAGAACUCAGCGCCCGGCACGGUCGUUGCCCUCUUCAGUGUCAGGGACCGCGAUGCUGGGGCCAACGGCAAGGUCUCCUGUGCCCUCGACGAUCAACUCGUCUUCUCCCUGCGCCCAGCCUACAAGAAUUACUAUGAGCUGGUGACGGUGAGUGGCCUGGACCGCGAGGAGACGGCUGAGUACAUGGUGACGGUGACAGCAGCAGACGCGGGCUCCCCUCCUCUGACGAGCAGCCACACCUUCAGCGUGGCCAUCUCGGACGUCAAUGACAACGCGCCUGUCUUCAACCAGAGCUCGUACACCAUGUACGUGCGUGAGAACAAUGUGCCCAGCGUGCUGGUUGGAGCCGUGAGUGCCGCAGAUGCCGACGUGGGGCUCAACGCCAAGGUGACCUAUUCGCUGUCAGCGGGGCAAGCGGCGGAGCGGCCUUGGUGCUCGUGCCUGUCGGUGAACUCGGAGAGCGGGCAGGUGUUUGUGCUGCGAGCGCUGGACUACGAGCAGCUGAGGCAGAGCGAGGUGGUGGUGAGCGCCUCUGACGCGGGUUCUCCUCCGCUGCGAGCCAACGUCACCGUCCGCCUGCUGGUGCUGGACGAGAACGACAACGCCCCGCUCGUGCUGUACCCGGCGCCCGACAGCGGCCCGGCCUCCAGCGAGCUGGUGCCCGUGUCGGCUGAGGCGGGCUACCUCGUCUCCAAAGUGGUGGCCGUCGACGCCGACUCGGGGCAGAACUCCUGGCUCUCGUACCACCUGCUCAGGGCCACCGACCCCGGGCUCUUUGCCGUGGCUGCCCAAAGCGGCGAGGUGAGGCUCAGGAGGCCCGUGACAGACAGAGACAGCGUCAAGCACAAGCUCGUCGUCCUGGUGCGAGACAACGGCCGCCCACCCCUCUCAGCCACCGCCGCUCUCAGCGCACUCCUGCUCAAGGACUUCUCCAACCUGCGCCAACCGCACGGCAGCCCCGCCACCGACGACCAGCCCGGCUCCCUCACCACCUACUUAAUCCUUGCCUUGGUCUUCGUCUCCCUGCUCUUCCUCGCCUCCACAGCAGCCUUCGUGGCUCGCAGGCUGUGCAAGAGAAAGGAGCUGAAGGCUGCCCACGUGCUUGACGGGGCCGACAACUUGCCGAGUGGCCUGGCCGAGGCAGCUGCUGCAGGGACCCUGCCCCACCCCUACUGCUACGAGAUCAGCCUCACCACGGGCUCGGGCAACAGCGAGUUCAGGUUCCUCAAGCCCUUUGGCCCUGGCCUGACACCACAGCCCUGGGCCGUGGCCGGGGGCCCCAUUGAGGAACAGGUUUUCCCUUGUGUCCCUGUCCCCACAGAGGACGUGACACCGGACGAUGCUGGGACUGUCUCUGCAGAACAGUUCAACCAUCUUUCCUUUAACUAGCAUGGGGUCAGCACAGGCAGAGGUUUCAUGCCUUGUGGUAGGCAGGGAUGCAGGCUGCAGCCUGUGGGAAUGGUUUCUGCAGAGGAAAUCUGUAUUUGCAAUUG